AGAUGGGCAGUGGCGAGUGCACGGGAAAAUCCGGUCUGUUCGCGUUCUUUUGCGCGGGGAUUUUUAAGGUUGUUCACCGAUUUAUCGAUUCACCGAUUGCCACGUGACUGGUUGACCAUACAAAGAGUGUUGCACGGUCAGUUUCUCGGAGCCUAUAAAAGUAAACGCGGAAGAUCCAACGCGACCAGUAAAUGUUCGAUCUUGACGCGGAAGAGGGAAGCAUAGAGAGACAAAGGAAGACGAUUAACGGAUAAAAUGUGGUUGUUUUAUGUGAUUCUUGUUACUGCAUUGAGUGGGAGGAUGAUCACAGUUGCACAGUUCCCUUUUGACGAUGACGCUUCUUUAUCGAGAGCUAAUUUUUUCGAGGUGGACGGAUUCGUUUUCGACGGACCGGCGGACAGACCGCCUUCAAUCGGAGUAACGACUUCCAGUUUGAGAAGCAGCACCCCAACGCCGACGACCACGACUCCGAGGACACCGACGACGACGGUGACUGCUUCUCCUUUGGUGGAUGCUCUAUUCGAUGCUUGCGUUGGGAGGUGUCCGGCGACACCGGAGUAUAAUCCCGUUUGCGGAUCGGACAACGUCGAUUACGAUAAUCCAGGACGAUUAAGUUGCGCGGCGACGUGUGGUAAAGAUAUCACGCUAAAAUAUUACGGGAAAUGCGCGACUACGAAGAUCAGAGGAGGAUAAGAUUCGGAAGGAGAGGGAGGCGUUUGUUCGCGUUGGCUCGACUGCGUACUUUCGAGCAAAAAGACUGCAUUAGCGUGUAAUUAAAAAUAAAAUUAUUAUUGUUUUUAAUCAUUUUCACAA